AUGUCUUCCGAAGCUCCUCCAAAGACGAUGGCCGACAACGCAAACCUGAAAGUCGUGCUCGGCACCAUGACGAUCGCGAAGAAAGACACACUCUACGACCGCAUCUCCUCCCCAAGCGAAGCAGCACAGCUCCUCGACCUCUGCGCACAGCACCACGUCUCCGAGCUCGACACCGCGCGCGUCUAUGGGUGGGGCACGAGUGAGGAGAUGCUUGGGGAGCUUAGGUAUGAGGAAAGAGGGUUCAGUGUUUCAACGAAGCUCUUCCCCAGCAAAGGCUUUCCGGGCAUCAAACCACAUAUGGUGUACACGCAUCGACCGGAAGACUUGAGGAAAGGGUUGAUGGAUAGUCUGAAAGCUCUAGGAGCGAAGAAAGUAGACAUCUUUUACCUCCACGCCCCGGAUCGGAAGCACGCGAGUUUCGAGGAGACGCUCAAGGGUGUCAACGAGUUGUACGAGGAAGGUCUUUUUGAACGGUUUGGGUUGAGUAAUUUCAUGUCCUGGGAAGUCUCCCACAUCCACUCCCUCUGCACCGCCCACUCCUGGAUCCGCCCAAGCGUAUACCAAGGCGUCUACUCCCUCCUCCAACGCCGGGUCGAGGACGAACUGAUCCCGUGUCUCCGCCACCACGGAAUCGCGUUUUACGUGUACAGUCCGCUUGCGGGCGGGUUGUUGACGGGGAAGUAUCGGCAGGAGCAGACGGAGUUUGAAGAGGGAGGGAGAUUUGAUAAGAAGAAGAUUGUGGGGCAGCAUAAUCAUGUCAAGUACUGGCGGGGGGAAGUGUUUGAGGCGUUGGAAAAGAUUAGGGAGGUGGCCUCGAAGCACGAUUUGACCGUUGCGGAGACGGCGAUGAGGUGGUUGAAGUGGCAUUCUGUGCUUGACAGUGGGAAGGGGGAUGCGGUGAUUGUGGGCGCGAGCAGUGCGAAGCAUUUGGAGGAGAAUUUGGGGGAUUUGGAGAAGGGGCCGUUGCCGGUGGAGGUCGUGGAGGUGGUGGCUGGGGUUUGGGAGGGAGUGAAGGGGAAGGGGGAUAAGUACUGGGCAUGA